UUUAAGCACAAACCGAAUUUUCUUUCAUUUAGGCUAUAUAUUUUUUAAAUAGUUUAAAGUCGUAGAAUUUUUUUGGAAAGCAUUUCACCCUGGAGCGGUGCGCAAUGCUAUCCCACGCCGACCUCCUGGAUGCUCGCCUCGGUGAGUUAUCAUCGCCAAACUCCGGUCUUCAACUCUACUGGAUGAAAGAUGCCGCGGCGGAGCUCCUGGGUCAUAGGGAGGCUUUGAAGUGCAGGCUGGGAGCAGGGGGAUCGGAUACCGGGCAUCCUGGCGAUAUAGCCCCGGGCUCGGACAAUGUAGAAGGGGCGACACUGCUCCCUGGGGAGGACAUCAGCAAUGCUGGAUCCAAUCCCUCCGCAGUCCAGGUCAGCACAAAAGACCAGGACAAGCAGCAACAGCAACAGAACCAGAACCAGUCUGGAGGACAGACAAGCCAGCAGAAACAGAAGCGGCACCGGACCCGCUUUACUCCGGCCCAGCUUAACGAACUGGAGAGGAGCUUCGCUAAAACCCAUUAUCCAGACAUCUUCAUGAGAGAAGAGCUGGCGCUGAGGAUCGGUCUAACAGAGUCCCGCGUCCAGGUUUGGUUUCAGAACCGACGCGCCAAGUGGAAGAAGCGCAAGAAGACCACUAACGUCUUCAGAGCGCCCGGUACCCUGCUCCCCACUCAUGGCUUGACUCAUCAGUUCAACUCAGCAGCAGCCGCCGCAGCCGCCAUGGGAGACAGCCUCUGUUCCUUUCACGCCAAUGACACCCGCUGGGCGGCGGCCGGAAUGCCGGGCGUUUCUCAAUUGCAACUCCCCCCCUCCUUGGGCCGGCAGCAGGCCAUGGCUCAGUCCCUGUCCCAGUGCAGCCUUGGAGCUGGUCCCCCUCCCAACUCCAUGGGCCUGUCCUCCAACGGGUCCGGGCUCCAGUCUCACCUCUACCAGCCCGGCUUUCCAGGCAUGAUGCCCGGCUCCCUGUCCGGCUCUGCUAAUGUGACCGGUUCGCCCCAGCUUUGCAGCUCCCCGGAGAGUGACGUGUGGAGAGGGACUAGCAUCGCAUCCCUGCGCCGCAAGGCACUAGAGCACACAGUCUCAAUGAGUUUCACUUAAUAAUAACGAUCGCGGAGGCCUAAUAAAUGGCUUUGUUUGUUUUUUAAAUCCCCACCUCUA